UACACCCAGUCUCUCAGCUUCAAGCCUUCCUCGAUCUAUUCGCGAUGUUCUUCCCUCGUGCUUUGUUCUCCGUCUUCGCCGUUGGCGCCAUCGCCGCCAUCGCCGCCCCCUCGGCCGUCGUCGAGAAGCGCGAGGAUAUCUCUGAUGUCCUCGCCAUCGUCGGCACCUUGAAGGCCAGCACCGAUAGCAUCUUGCCUCAAAUUGACAACUUGGUCAACAGCGACACUGCCACCGAGGCCAACCUCUCGCCUCUCCUCCAGGACCUCAGCGCCUCCAUCAACAGCGGUGCGACCUCCCUCGAGGCCCUCCGUGGCAAAGUCGACUCCAGUUCUGGUGGUACCGAAGAGCAAGUCGCUGAGGAAGUCGCUGUUAUCUACACUGACGUCGCCCACUCCUUGGACAACUUGAAGAAGAAGAAGCCCCAUCUCUACCCCCUUGUUCCCAAGUUCGGUCUUGACGCUGCCCUGCUCAAGCUUCUCCUCGGUUUGCAGCUCGUUCUCGCUGGUGUUAUCAAGCUCCUCGCUGUUCUCUUGAAGGCUGUUGGCGGCCUCUUGUCCGGCUUGGGCUUCACCCUCAUCCUGCUCCUCCUCGGUUUGUUCUAAGUGACGCCUCGAGGUCGCUCAUUCGGUCGUUCUUAUCUGGUUGGCAUUCUGUAUAAUGACCCUGGUGUUUCGUCCUGUAUUGUGUGUUUGAUAUGAUGAUUUACGAAUUGAACUUUUGUGCUUUUAUUACCAAA